AUGGAAGCAAAUUCUAGUGCUUUUAAGAAUCCUUUGCCACUUGCUAUUGACCCAAUGAAGUUCAGUGAAGAAUCAACAAAGAGAAAGACGUCGUUUAUGGUUGAUGAUCUGGUUCGAGAUCCAAACAUUUUGAUGAGCGCGGCGUCACGGAGUCUACCUGAUUCAAGUUUUCGAGAUAGAGUGCAACAGACGAUAAACGAAGCUACCUUGAGUAAACCAGUUGCAGAUGGCGAAGAAUCAAGUCCUGCUCAUGUACGAUCCAGCAAGUGCCGUUCGUCUUUCUCCGUGGAGCAGGUUUUACAAUUGGAGCGAGUGUUUGAACGACAGAAAUAUCUUGGCUCCAGAGACAGACAAAGACUUGCAGAGGAGCUACAGAUGACAGAAACACAGGUAAAGACUUGGUUUCAAAACAGACGAAUGAAAAUGAAGAGAAAGCAGUCUGAGGCCACUGAGCGCAGAGCCAAACUAUCUUUCCUCAACAGCCUUGCCUACAACAUGCAGCCGAGCUGUCAUGGUUACCAGCCAUACUACCCAACCCAGUGUCCGCCCGCAGGAACACCUCGUCUUCUCUAUCCAGGCCUCGCUCCUCCCGAGUGCUCGUGGCCGCAUCAGUCCCCAAUGAAUUUUUCGCCCACUCAGCCUGCUCUGAGUUACUUUCCUCCACCGCCACCUUGGGAGUGCCUUCCAGAACACAUGAUCGACAGAUGCGCUUCUUUACUAAACGGUCGCGUGGAUUCAGAGGAAACCACGCGACUAUCGCAUUUCACCUAAGCUUGAACGCAAUAAUCGAGAAUUUCUUUAAUGUGUAAUUAGUUCGUAAAACCCUUUUUGAAAGUCAAAUUUGCUUCCCCCACCCCUUACCUAAUGCCGACAGAUCAGAUAAUGUUAUGAUUGGCGUGGAUGUUAGUUAGAGACAUUCA